AUGUCUAACAACCAUCAAGGCGGAGAUGGGCUCGUGGCAGCUCGACAUUUGUUCUACUAUGGAUAUCAACCUACCAUCUUCUACCCCAAACGGAGUAAAAAUGAGCUAUACCAGCGCCUAGCUAAACAGCUUGAAGACCUCGAGGUCCCUUUUGUCGAUGACUUCCAAUCAGCAGUGGACUCGACGGAUCAUAUUGUGGAUGCGGUUUUUGGAUUCAACUUCUCCGGUGAUAUUCGCGAGCCGUUCCCAAAGGUCAUCCAGACGCUAGAAGAAACCAAAGUCCCAGUUACUUCAGUUGAUGCACCAUCAUCAUGGGACAUCGAAAGCGGUCCUCCAAAGUCCGGAGUAGGUAGUGCUUUCAUGCCUGCCACCCUUAUCAGUCUAACGGCCCCGAAGCCCUUGGUAAAAUUCUUCCGGGGACGCCACUUUGUUGGCGGUCGACGAGAUAUUCUUUCCCGCAAACUGGGCACUCAGCCGUAUGCUCCUUGCACAUUUAUCGUGGCUGGAGAAUAUCUUCACCACCUAUCGCAGCGUGUAGCAGGUGAUCAAGCGUCAUGGAUAGGGUCCUGCUGCGAACAGUGUGGCCUUGUCACCGCGGUGGCUGGCAAAGACUCUGAUGGGAAGCUUGCGAAACUCCCACAGGGACAAAAGAACGACAUGAGAGAUGAAGAAGGGCUAUUUCGACCUGAUAAAACUUGUGCAGCCGCACCCGCACUUUGCACUGCUGGACGGGCAACAACAUCUGAUCCAGGUCGAACUGGGCACGGCAGUGAAAGACCGGAGCAAAAGCUCCGUCUCUUUCAUGAUAGGCUGAAUCGGCCGGGCGGCGCAUAG